GUUCCAGUGCCCAGUCAGUUGUUCCUCGUCGAUCGCCACCGGCGGAAGUGUUGGCGAUCGCAAUCGGACAUCGGAUCGAAAUCUAUAUACUGACUGGAUCAAAUUGAAUAGAGGAGGAGGAAGUACCACGCACUGACCAUGGAGAUCAAAGUGGGCGUGGGCGAUCUGCUCAAAAUGGGCACCAAACUGAUUGGCCACAAGAUAGUCCAGUACCGCCUGGGCACCAAGCAAACUAAGGUGGUCUGCACCCGGGAUGGACAGGUGCGAGGCGUUCGUCGCCGGACUCUUUAUGAUGAAGAACUGUAUUACUCCUUCGAGGGCAUCCCUUUUGCCCAACCCCCGGUGGGAGAAUUGCGCUUCCGGGCGCCCCAGUUGCCACGACCCUGGACGGGAGUGAGGGACUGCACCUUUCCAAGAGCCAAGCCCAUGCAGAAGCACUUCGUCCUAAGCAUCGUCGAGGGCAACGAGGAUUGCUUGUACUUGAAUGUGUACUCAAAACGUCUAAAAUCGGAUAAACCCCUGCCAGUCAUCGUUUGGAUAUAUGGAGGCGGAUUUCAGUUCGGCGAAGCUAGCCGGGACUUGUACAGUCCGGAUUACUUUAUGAAGCACGACGUGGUUGUGGUCACAUUCAACUACAGAGUGGGUGUUCUAGGAUUCCUGAGUCUUUUGGAUCGCGACUUGGAUGUCCCAGGAAAUGCCGGCCUUAAGGAUCAGGUAAUGGCUCUGCGCUGGAUCAGUCAAAACAUCUCCCAAUUCAACGGGGAUCCCCAAAACAUCACGUUGAUGGGUGAGAGUGCGGGUGCUGCCUCCGUCCAUGCGAUGAUGACCACGGAGCAGACGAGGGGUCUCUUCCACAAGGCCAUCAUGCAGUCGGGAUCGAUGUACUGUGAAUGGGCGAAUGAACCAAGAGGCCGGUGGGCAUUCCGACUGGCGUGCCUACUCGGGUACGAGGGCAGCGAGAACGAGAAAGAGGUCUUUCGGUUCCUUCAAAAGGCUUCCGCCUCCGAAAUGGCCAGCCAGAGCCUAUGUCUCAUCUCAGAGGAGGAACGACGAAACUAUGUGCUCUUCCCAUUUACCCCGGUGGUGGAACCCUACCUUACCAAUGAUUGUGUCUUUCCCCGAUCAUAUCGGGAGAUUCUACCAGCUGCAUGGGGCAAUGACUUGCCUCUGAUCUUGGGCGCCAACUCCUUCGAGGGUCUCUUCUCCUACCAGGCCAUCUUGCACGACGAGGAGCACAUGCUGAGUGCCUUCGAGGCACUCAUUCCUCACGACAUCAGGGAAAGGCGUUCCCAGACGGAACUCAAGGAUCUUAUGCGCCAGUUCAAGAUAGACAACUUCGAUGACGCCACCAGAGGACGCAUGGAGUUCAAUGAGUGCCUGCAGAUCCUUUCAAUAAAACACUUCUGGCAUGGUACUCACCGUACCGUCCUGGCUCGUCAUCGCUACAACCCCAAUACGCCAACCUUUUUGUACCGCUUUGAUAUGGACUCGCCGCACUUUAACCACUUCCGGCAACUGUUGUGCGGCAAGCAUGUCCGCGGAGUGUGCCACGCAGACGAUGUGUCCUAUCUCUUUUACCACAUCCUGGCAUCCAAGAUAGAAAAGUCCUCGAUAGAGUACCAGACGAUCGAGCGGAUGGUGGACAUGUGGAUCUCCUUCGCCCGUAAUGAUAAUCCCAACUGUCCACAAAUUGCCCCCAUUACGUGGGAUGCCCUUGAAGCUGAGGGUCCCCAAAAAUGCCUUAACAUUGGAAAAACCCUGCACUUUAUUGACUUGCCAGAAUCAAAACAGAUUCGCUUUUGGGAUAGGCUUUACGAUAAACACGACUUGGUCUAAACAAAAACCCCACUUUUUAGUCAUUAUACCAAAGGAAACUAUAAGCUUUAACAGGUCUUGCUAGAAGAUAAUUAAAUGGGAAAAAUUUUACAAUUUAUAAGCAAUAAAAAAAAAUUAUAUACGUAAAAUAA